GCAAACAUCACGAUCUUUCUCGAAAUGAAAGCAGUUGCGUACAUUUGAUUCAUCCUCUGGCUUGGAUCUGGUUAGUUUUCAUGGGAACACGAAACACGGACAACGUUGUCCUUCAUGAUGAUCGUGAGAGAUGCACGAAGGGAAAGCGUCACCGCCGUCACGGUCGAUGAAGGUGCGAGAAGAGGAGAGGGCCGAGGCGGUGCUGUGCUGCUGAUUCAGAACACAUCAUCGGAACGAGUGUCUACCUGCCUGCCCGCGAGAUUGAAUGCAGAAGCAGAGAGUGACGAUCCCGCAAUUUGCCGAAAAAUGUUCGGGGCUGCCCGGUAGAUCCUGCGCGUGGAGCUGAAGCAAGUUGGAACAUGUCGGCCGCGCGAGCGCGAGCACUGCAGGCCGCUCUGCGGCCGAUCACAACAGCAGCCGCAGCACCCGUAGCCAAGGCGCAGAGUGGAGAAGCGAUACUUCGUUCUUCGGACAGCAGAUUGUCAGUUCGUGAACUCCACAGUAAAAAUUCUCGCUGUUUUCAUGGAGGGGAGAGUACGAGGAAUAAAGGUCUUCCUCGGAAAUUGGCCGCUGCGAGGUCAGAGUACACCGAAGCUGAUCAGGCAGCAACUGCCCCCUGGCCAAUAGUGAGGCGCUCUGUUUUAGAGACUCUUCUGAAGAACUAUGCACGUUAUCCUAUCGUUGUCCAGCCUCUCAUCUUGCACGGACCGCGUGGUGUGGGCAAGCGCACUGUCGUAGAAGAGUUGAUGAAAGAAUGGAGGAAGCCUCCCCACGUUGUUGCUUUUGUAAAUCUUUCCGGUAGAGAAAUAUGCCCGUGGUUUGAGAGUGACAUACUUGAAGACAAUCAGAAUACUUCGAAAAUCAGAGAAGGUGACCAAAAACCUAAACCAGAGGGCUCUCUGAACAUAGGAACCAUUCGGUACAUGGUUGAAGAGGGGCUUGAAUAUCUUGCCAGCAAAGCCGUCGAAAAAGGCUAUCUGACAGGUGAUGAUGUUUUAGCCGUCCUUAUGAAACAUUACGCUGUGGAUGGAGCCUUGAGUCAAUUUUUACGGACACAUGGAAAGAAACCAGCUUCUGUGGAAACCAUUACUAAAUCAGGGAACACCAGAGAUAUGUGGAAGGAAGGAAUAGAGCAAAUGAGGAAGCAGUUUUUUUCCGAGUUUGUUACUGGUCCGGUCUCCAAUCAUCCUGGUAGUACUGAAACCCAAAUUCAACAAUCAGAUGAAUCGGGUCUUCUCAUGUCAAAAAAGCCGAGGUCGCAAGUGCUCGUCAGGGAGGAAGCCAUCCUGUCUUUGGCUCUUGCACAGCAGCUACUGAAGAUUCACGAGAAUUGGAAAAUUCCUUCUAAGCAGCAGCUCAAGAGUGAAGGUAUUGUUUCAAAAGCACCUGCAGAUGCUGCUACAAGCUAUUCGAUACUGCUCCUGAGACUGAUCUCUGGCAGUGUUCGGGAAGGAACUUUUCAGCCAAAAUUGAUAAUCAACAAUCUAGGCUUGAUGCGCAAAGCGGCUCCAGAAAAUCCUGAAGAUGGCCUGCAUGGUGCUCUGUAUCAUGACAGUCUGCUCAUGCAAAUAACGAAGCUGGGUUUCAGUGAAGGUUGCAUUCCCAUUAUCUCAGUAUCAUCAGACAGUUACUAUUCACGGAAACUAUUUGAGGAUCAUGGCAACGAUCAUGCCUUCAUAUCCCAAGAGACUCUGGGAUGGACACCCAAGGAGGCUGCCAUUCACCUGGUUCCAACCAUUUUUGAAGAGCCCGAGUGGAAGGUUAUAAACACUGUCCUGGGAUCCAAUGUCCGUCAUCUAAAGGAGUUGCACUCGAUUUGGCAUCAUCCUUCUUUUUGGGAGUUGCUGGAAGAAAACAGCGGGAAUGCUAUAGAAGAUUGCAUUGAUCUUUACCUGGGCUACCUACAGGUGACAGCUAUUGACCCAUCUAUGGAGGCAGCCUCUAAGCUUUUAGAAACUUUUGCUCAAGAUGUCGCUGCCGGAAAGAUUAGCAGGAGUCGCCUGAAACAUGGAGUUCCAUGGAGGCAUCCCCCGAGAACACCUCAAUACCAACGGCGGUGGGCACGUCUGCAGCUAUUAGACUAUAUACAAGCCCUGGCAGACACGGAUUUUGCGGUGAAUCACCAGGAAGAGAAAGCCCAAGAAUUUUUAGACGACCCUUCAACUGAUGCUCUCUUGCAGGUGGGUCUUCUUUACAAGCAGAGAGAACCCCCCUACCUUCGACCGAUCACUCGUGGAGUUGCAAGGUGUCUUGUCCGAUGGUACGUCAAGGAAAGACUCCAGCUGACAAUGGCAGAAGAUGUGAUGUACAAAUGGCAUCGGUUUGUAAGAGGGCGAUAUUACCGUCAACUCAUCGUCAUUUGACUUUUAUGUGCAGAUAAAGAAUUAAUUCACUUUGGCAACAAAUGCAUCUUGUAUGUAGAAUUUUCCGUAUGUAGGUAUGCGGUAAACAGAAAGUUUAUGUCCAGUGCAUGGGUUUACUGCACAUAAUUUUCUGCUGAAACCCAGUGACCACCUCCAAAGUGGUUCAGGAAGAAAUAUUCAAGGUAGUUGUUUAGAAAGAACAGGGAUGUCAGCCAUUUGGACUCUUCAGAAAAACGAAACUCGGUAGGAGCGAGUCAAGAUCGAGUUUUUUUCCAACGAAGUCUACAUAGUAUCAGUCCAAAUUAUCGCGAUUUGUGUUCAAUGUGGAACAACACACAACAAGUGCAUAACUAGUGAGUCUCAUGGAAAUCCUGAAAAAUGCUUUCUGGUGACGGAACUCAAUCUGUAGUUUACAUUUCGUAGCGCAGAGUGGAGGAGAUUUUUUCGACUCUUUCUUCCAAAAUGGAACUUAGCAGCCAGGUGUGAUUACUGAUUGAAUAGAUUCUCGCCUAACUUUGGAAUGGGGUUCAAAC